AUGCUACUUGGGCAGAUUAUGUUGUCCACCACUACAAAACUCAUCGGAAGAAAUCCAAAGGCUCUCAAAUCGGCUUUUACAAUUGCAAACAUCGCGACUGGCUCCCCAAUUAAAUCCUCUCCACCCCUUACACAGAGAUACCACUGGCAGUUUCGAAAAAUGGCUUCGAACUCCUCGGAAAGCACGCAUGAAAAAGCACUAGCGGCACUUGCGAGGUUGACUAGGCGCGAUCCACCUCGAAAUCCGUCUAAACGGACCGCUAACAAGGAAUCUCGUAAUAAUAUCGCUGAUCGCAUCGAGAAAGCUCAACAAGAAGCUGGCCUGCACACAUGGGGAUUCCCUAUUUACCGAUGUACCUACCAGAAUGACGCCAAUUGGACCGAAUUUUUGCGUAGGUACCAAUGGCAUGUCUCUCACUCGCUGGAAUACUAUAAUGGCCUAGAUAUGCUUGAUAGCUACCAGGCAACAGUUUUUGAGGACAGAUCUCUAUUUGAGGGUGCGAGUACAGCGACUAUCCGAGACCAUUUCCAAAAAUGGGCAAUGAACGCGAUUCAGGAGUCAGGGGGUUCACCUGAUAUGAUUCGGACGUUUAAUGUCAGAGUUGCCCGUUAUCGAUUCUGUCUCUUUGUGAACGAAGAAUCUUUGCAGAGUGUUCUCCGAGCACCGAUUGAUGAUUGUAUCAAUAAAGAUGCAUUUGUGAAUAUGUUGUACGGUUGGUGGAAGCCAGAGUCUAUUGAAGAUUUCAGUCAAGAAGAACUUGAGGAUGUUGAUCAGCCAGAGGACUUACUUGACGACGGCUAUGAUUCCGUCGAAGGGUGUACUUUGAAGGAUGUCGGGUGGAUGAAAGUGGCUUUAUGUGACGCGGGGCUAGAAGGAUAUCAACAGAUGGGCGAGGGGGGCGAGUGGCAACGGCUAUAUGAGCGUCCUCAUGGGAUUUGCUAUCAUAUAUCGAACUUCCAUGCUCGGCGGUGA